AUGAGCUCCAAGCCCUACCAAUGCCAGCGAUGCUCGCGGGGCUUUGCCCGUCUGGAGCACCUGCAGCGUCAUGAUCGGUCGCACACCAAGGAGAAGCCCUAUGUGUGCGUUCAAUGCCCCAAGGCCUUCACCCGCAAAGAUCUUUUGGUCCGCCAUGAGCGGCUCGCCCAUCAGCCAGAGGCCAGCCCCGGCAGCAAUCAGACACAGACACCCUCCCCGGCCCAUCCGAUCUUGGAUGGGCUAGAUACCCUGGCAUCUGUCGUCACAAAUCAUGCGCGCACUAAUCGCCGUGCCCCAUCGAGACGCAGCCCGCACUUCGCAGACGGACUACCUGCACAUCGAACGCCCGUGGUCGUCGCGCAAUUACCAAAUCCCGAGACUCCAUCAGCAGCACCCCCAACACCCCUGCCCGCGUCUGACUUCGGAUACUCUCUGAGUGGGCUCCCAGGCUCCUAUGAGGGGAACGAUUUUACCUCCUUUCUCGAUAGUGUGCCUUUACCUAGUCAUCCAUUUUCGCCGGCAUUCCAGCCCCUGCCUCUCUUCCCGCCCUUACAGUACUCCCCUGCUACAGACUAUGAACAGCCUUCAGAGAGAGAUCAUGCGACAGAAACUGCUUCGACUCCAUCAAACUCAGUACUCCCGCGCCAUGGAGCUCAACUACCAUCGCUUCAACCCGAGGGAUAUCAAUCUUCGCCGAAGGCACGACAGCCAACAGGGUUUGUGCCAGUCACUGCACAAUGCCGAGAUAAAGCCCUCCGUUCGCUCGCAGACUAUACUUCUGUCGUGCCUGACCCAUCGCUACCUUCUCGACACGCCCUAUCUCGCUGUCUGACUGGGUAUCUGAUGGGCUUCCAUGAUCACUACCCGAUCGUGCAUAAGCCAACAUUGGAUGUGGACUCGAUGUCGUUGCCGCUCUUGCUCUCCAUGGCGGCCUUGGGUGCCAGGUAUUCUCGUGAACCAGACAUGAGCAUGCGCGUCUACCAGAUUGCCAAACUCGUCACGCUAGAAUGCUUCCGGCGAGUGUUUAUGUCCGGUACAAUGCCUUCCGUGAAUGUCUCCAAUGACAAAGACACUCUGGAGCUACUCCAAGCCCUGCUGAUGCUGCUCGCUGUUUCAUCAUGGUUCAUAAACAAUCCGCCAUAUCACGAGGCAAUGUCAUUCAGAAGUUCGAUGGCUACGCUUCUUCGAAAAGACGGCAUCAACCGUCUCCCUGAGUUCGACGGGACCUGGACCAGUUGGAUCCACCGGGAAUGCGUCAAGCGUACAAAACUCAUUGUUUGCUGUUUUUUCAACAUUCACACCAUCGUAUUCGACAUUCCCCCGGUUAUUCUUACCGAAGAGCUUUCCCUGGAUCUGCCGUGCACCGAGAAGGAGUGGCAAGCGCCUAGAGCCGAUAUCUGGCAAGUCGCACGCAGUCAGAGCCCCGGGGAACCGAAUAUCCAGGAGGCACUUUCUGCACUGUUCACUCCCAACAGCGGCAUGGAGCGCUUCUCCUCGCUGGGGGGCUAUGUACUAAUUCACGCAUUGCUGCAAGACAUCUGGUUGAUGACCAAAGCAGGCCGACUCGCCCUCUCGCGGUGCAACCGUCUCGGCUCGUCCAUCGCAUCCACACCGGAGCUGGUUGCUACUGAACAAGCCCUUGAGCGGUGGUGUCAGUGCUGGGAGCGCAACCAAGAGUCCUCAAUCGACCCACUGAGCCCGCACGGCCCGAUCUCUUUCACAUCGGCCGCGCUCCUCCGGCUCGCAUACAUCCGGCUCAACGCAGACUGCGGAUCAGCCAGGCAGCUCCAAACGUGGGACCCUGUACAGAUUGCGACCAGUCUCAACGACAACCUCCACGUCCAACGUGGAGACCGACUUACCCGCGCCGCGCUCCACUGCGCCCACGCCCUCUCCACUCCUGUCAAACUGGGCAUUGGAUUCGUCGCACACUCCCAAGUGGCGCUGUGGUCUAACCAGCACGCCCUAUGCUCGCUAGAAUGCGCCGUGGUCUUGGCCAAAUGGCUCGAGGCGGUAACGGGCCGGGAUCCAGAUCCCGGGCUGACAGAACAGGAGACCCGCUUGCGGGACUUUGUGCUGGAGAUGGUGAUGGAGGUGCAGCAUGGCGUCUCACGCGAGUGGCUGCUGGCCACCAACACCAGACUCAGCGCAGCAGUGGCCCGCCUUUGGGCGCGCCUUUUCACGGCAGACUAUAUUUGGGAGAUGGUUAAUCUGAUUGGGCGUAGCUUGAAUAGUUAUGCGGAUUUGUUGGAGCAGAAAGAGGCCGGGUAUAGUGAGAUCGAAGUGGGCAAUAGAUGA